UGGACUGUUGAGUUUCGGACGCGUUCGUCGGGGCGAGUUUGUGGUGGUAUUUUUUCUUAUUCUUCUCUGUUUUCUUCUGUGUUAACAGAUUUCAGCAGCAAUAGAAGAACAUUUUUUUGAGGACCCCUCGGGUUUAGAAGAUGGACACGCAGCAGCCUGGAAACUCUGCUGAUCCGUACUCAUUCGAUGCCCCGUCUCAUGUAAUGCAAGAUUUUAACUCCGAAGAUAAUGCUGAUCAGUGGUUUGACCUGAUGGCUGCCUCCACAACCGGGGAAAUGGAGCAACUCACAACCCCCUUAAGGGUUCCAAAACCUUUUGAUGGAAUGCACAGUGAAGCCCUGCCUAAAGCCAUAGUGCCGCCCAUGGUCCAUGUGUCAGAGACCACAGUGUCAGCAGAUGUCAUAGCUGAAAGCAUUUCUCCAGAACCUCCAUCUAACAUUGUGACUUCAUGGGGAGAUGGCAGACCAGCAGGAGCUCCUGGCCAGGCUCAGAGGAGCAACGUUCCAGCUCAGCCACGCAGAGUAUUGAAGCGUCCUGUGGUCAAAGAUCAACCUCAAGCUCCUUCUACACCUCCUGUGAUGAAGAAGAGGAGAGUUGUUCCAACUUCUAGACGAACGGUUUUCCAUCCACCUCGAAGGAGCUCAACGAGUGCAAGGCAAGCUCGCCGCAGUGGUGCUCCCACUAGACGCAGCAUCAGGCAAAAGAACAAGCUGUCCACGCCCUCAGCUGCUGCAUCCGCUUCUACCUCCUCUGCUAACCAGCAGAAGAGCACCGAGCAGCAGGAGCUGGAGCGCAUUGAAACUCUACAGAAGGAGGUGGCCGAGCAGCGCAAGAGGAAUGAAGCUAGCUACAAAGCUGCGCUUGCAGGAAGCCAGCCUCCAAAGAAGCAUGUGCUGUCCUCCACUAUUCCCAAAGAAUUCAACUUCCGCUCCGAUAACAGAGUGAAAAACCAUACAGAAGUUUCAUAUAAGGAGUGCGAUUUUACUUCCCAACUGCGCAAGCACCCUUCCUCACCUCUAAAGGCUCACAAGGGCACCACAAUCCCCAAGCCCUUCAACCUCUCCACAGGCAAGAAGAGGAAGUUGGAGGAAACCAAUUCCUAUGUGUCCAUGGCUGAGCAGAUCGAACAGUUUCAGAAGCGCACACCAACCCGUUAUCACUUGCGCAGCCGUCAGAGUCAGGAAAGGGGCCCAUCACCAGCGAAAACUGAGAAGCCCAAGGUUACUCACCCUCACACCCCUCAGCUCUUGACCCGCCAGAGAAGCCGUCCUGCCAUGGUGAAGAGCGCUGCUGAGAUCGAGGCUGAAGAAGUGGAAAAACUGCAGCAGUUUAAGUUCAAAGCUCUUGAGCUCAAUCGCAAGAUCCUCGAAGCGGCCCUGGCUCCGAAGAAGCCUGCUCCUAAAGAAGUGACCCGUCCAGAGGGCUUCCAGCUGGAGGUGGAGAAACGUCUGCAGGAGCGACAUGCCGCCAAAAAGACAGUAGAGCAGGAAGACCACACCUUCCACUCCAGACCGUUACCGACCCGAAUCCUGGAGGAGGUGGUGGGUGUCCCAGAGAAGAAAGUACUGAACCCUACUGUCCCCGAAUCUCCUGCUUUUGCACUCAAAAACCGUGUACGUGUGGAACGCAGGACGGAAGAGGUGAAAUUGCCGGCUCCACUGAAGGCACUUCCUGUGCCCCACUAUGUGCCCUUCCAACCCAAACCUGCAGCCAAGAACCAUGUAGAAAUGUGUCCUUUCUCAUUCGAGCAGCGUGAGCAAGAGCGCAAAGCACAGAAAGAGAAAAGGCUGGAAGAACUGAGAAAUGAAGAGGUGCCCAAGUUCAAGGCUAGGCCUUUGCCUGACUUCCAUGAAGUGAACCUUCCAGAAAAGAAGGUAAAUGAACCUACCAAGCCUGCUCCUUUCAAGCUGAUGGUGGACGAGCGUGGCUCUGUGAAGAGUGAACGUUGGGAGCAAAUGAUAAAAGAGGAGUUGAAGCAGCAAGCUGAUGCAGCGUGCUUCAAGGCGAGACCCAAUGCAGUCGUGCACAAGGAACCCUUUGUGCCCAAGAAAGAGUCCCGCUCCAUCUUGGCCGAUACUACCCACUCUGUAGUUGCCGAGGGUUUCCAGCUGUUUACGGAGCAGAGGGCCAAAGAACGGCUGGAGUUUGAGCGGGUCAUGAAGGAGAAGGAAGCGCUGAGGGCGCAGAUGGAGGAGCGACAAGCCAGAGAGCUAGAGGAGCGUGAGAAGGAAGAAAUCGCCAGAUUACGGCAGGAGCAGGUGCACAAAGCCCAGCCAAUCAGGCGCUACAAACCAGUCGAGCUGAAGCACAGCGAGAUGUCUCUCACCGUGCCGCAGUCUCCAAACUUCUCCGACCGCUUUCGUCUUUAAAGUCUCAUCAGGACAAAUUGUACAUAACUUUAAAUGUUUUUGCUUCCUCUUAAAUCACGUUUGUUUUGUUUUUUUUUUUUUUUUUUUUAAAGUUGUGUGCUUAGUCAGGAAUGUUUUUUUUAACCUUUGAGGCUAUAGGCUACAAUCGGACUUGGACACUUGUUUGUGACUGUGAUCCAUUGCAUUAUGUGAACUGUUGUAUGAUACAUGUUCUCUCAUUCUUCUCUACAUGUAGCCUCUGCCAUUUUCUGUCUUAAAAUUUUCCCUUCUUUUUGUAAUGUAUUAAAGGUGUAUUAGAACA